CUUCAUGAGUUCACGGAAGAAUUUGACGACGUCUCGUGUUUUGGAGCAGUUCUUGCAGUUCUGUCAGCAUCGUCAAGCAAACUUGACGUAAACUAUAGCAAGUUCUACACAAAAGUCAAGUGCAUGACAUGUGAUGGAAGUUGAAAGCUGUUGUUAUUCUUUCCAACGAUUCCAGUAAAUUUCCAUUUUCGCGAAUUUAGAAAGUUCUUCCGCAGUGACAUUCCCAAGGUGAUCUGAAUAUGUGGAAGUGCGGAGGAGUUUUGUUUAUCCUUGCAAUCGUGUACUUCACCGAAUGCCAGAGUGCACAGUCGUACGAUGAUAAACGCUGCAAGUGCAUCUGCCCGAAUAUGUCCUCGUUGAUAAACACGACUAAUCCCUCGACUGCACGGAGGAAUUUUAUUUCUAAUGUUCCUCCAUCUAAUUGCAACUGUGAGAAAGUCAUUCUCCCCCAGAUUAAGGAUCAACUCAAUGGACAAGAACUCAUCUUCUGUUCUAGAUGUGAAUGUAAAUACGAGAAUCGUAACACCACCAUUAUCAAGAUCGUUGUAAUUAUUGUUAUUUGGGUAAUUUCGCUGCUCGUGAUCUAUAUGUUGUUUUUGAUUUGCCUCGAGCCACUAUUGAACAAACGAAUCAGGAAGAACACUGGAGGUACUGGAUAUCUGGAGCACACGAAUGAAGAGGAUGACACCAUUUCUGGAGCUCCUGGGACCUCGUCUCACCAGAUGGGCGUAAGAUCAAAUGUACUAAAUCGCGUUGGACACCAGCAGGACAAAUGGAAGAGACAAGUUCGAGAGCAACGACGCAAUAUCUACGAUCGCCACACGAUGCUGAAUUAAAUCAAGGCAUUUUGUUCAAUAUACGUUAUUUUUUCUCAUUAUUACGUAGGUGUAUAGUUGUAUAUUUAUUAUGUUCUUAAUUCGUAUUUCUAAAAAGUGAUGAGUAAAGUGAGAAGAUAUAUCCAACUCAACAAAGGUAUGAAUGAUAAUAAAAAUUUAUUUUACGACUAAAGGAUGUGGAAAAUGUUCAAUUCCUGUUCUUGUUAGAAUAUUUUUUAUUCGUUAAAUUUUUACAUGUAAUAUUGAUGACUCGAUUGAAUGCUGAAUCGUUAACAUCAGAGAAAUGUAAAAUUUUUACACUUACCAUUCAAUAAAUAUCUCUAGCACUAA